AUGUCUCCCAAGCACCAGCACCAGCACCAGCACCAGCGCCAGCGCUCUCACCCCCAGGUGCACCCUUCCCAAGCCCAGGCCCAGCCGCCAAUCUCCGCCAUCCACGCCGACCCGUCCCUCUUCCCGCCCUCCGCCUUCGUCGCCUCCUUCCACGCCUCGCAGAACCUCAUGAUCUCGUGCGGCUGCGUGCCCGUCGACCCGCCCCGCCGCAAGGUCGCCAUCCUGCACGACCCGCGCACGGGCAUCACCCAGCUGCCCAAGGGCCGCAAGAACAUUGGCGAGGACGUCGCCGACGCCGCCAUCCGCGAGACCCGCGAGGAGACGGGCGUGCUGGGGUUCCGCCUCUUGCCGCUGCGCGUGGCGACGCGCGCGACGCCUACCGCGGAGAUGCUGGAUGAGCACUUUGGGACGGUGACGCCGAGUGCGGCGGCGGCGGCGAGGGCGGAGGCGGAGGCUGCUGCCGGGGGAGCACUGCCAGUGGCAUCAGCACCAGCAGCAGCGGCAGAAGUUGUCGUCACCACCACCGCCACCACCACCAACGGCAGCAGCAACGGCAAUGACAAAGGCGACGGCGAGGAUGGUGACGACGACGACGACGACGCGCAGUGGCACAACCUCGAAGACGUCACCUCCUGGCAGCCCAACACCGAGCCCAUCGCCAUCACCACCAUGCGCUGCCGCAGCACCCUCGCCCUCAAGCUCGUCAUCUGGUACGUCGCCGAGGGCGACUCCACGGCCGAGUCCCGCGGCGACGAGACGCGCGAGGCCUGGGAGGCGCACUACCUCCUCGAGUGGGUCGACGCCCGCGACGCGCCCGCCCGCAUGACGUUUGACGCCGACGCCAGCGUCGUGGCCAAGGCCCUCGACGACAUGCGCCGCUCUGGCUACGACAUCUGA